ACCUCGGAAAAUGCGUGAUAAUUAACAAGUGCUAUUAUACAACCGAGUUACAAAGCAAUCUAUACCAGUCAUGAAAGUUCAGCUCCAAAAGGACCAUUGGACUGCAUGCUGUGUGUCUAUCACCACGUAGAAGGCAAAGUCUAGGGCAGAGUUCCCACCCCAAGAACCUUAUCUUGUUGGGUGGAUAUACGGGUUGCCAGUGACACAGAGCAGAGUCAGGAUGGCCGUCCUCUCUAAGGAAUAUGGUUUCGUGAUUCUAACUGGUGCUGCUAGCUUCAUAAUGGUAACUCAUCUAGCCAUCAACGUUUCCAAGGCCCGCAAGAAGUACAAAGUGGAGUAUCCUACAAUGUAUAGCACUGACCCUGAAAACGGACACCUCUUCAACUGCAUUCAGCGGGCCCACCAGAACACGUUGGAAGUGUACCCUCCCUUCUUAUUUUUUCUAGCUGUCGGAGGUGUUUACCACCCACGUGUAGUUUCUGGCUUGGGCAUGGCCUGGAUUGUUGGACGAGUUCUUUAUGCUUAUGGCUAUUACACAGGAGAACCUAGAAAGCGGAAACGGGGAGCCCUGAGCUUCAUCGCCCUCAUUGGCCUGAUGGGCACCACUGUGUGCUCUGCUUUCCAGCAUCUUGGUUGGGUUAGAACUGGCUUGAGCAGUGGGUGCAAAAGCUGCCAUUAAAGAGUUAUAGGGUGUUUUGAAACUCUCAUUCAUUUUGAGUGACUUUUAUUUUCAGUGACUUUUUUUUUCCCUAAAUAAAAACUUACCUGGCAUCAGCCUCAUACCUAA